CUAUUUGUUCCGUAUUAAAGUAUUAAAUAGUAUAGUGUGUUUUUAUGGCUUAAAAAUUAUUUUUUAACUCUUCAUUUAAAAGUUUGUGUAAAAUAGUUUUAUUUUUUAAAUAACUUAACUUAUUUUCUUCAUGUGUAAGUUAAAAUGGCCAAGUGUUUAUCUGAAAAUCCAUUCAGUGACAACAAUGUUGCAUUGUCUGAUUGGAUCAAGGGCAUUUGUGUUGUUACCUUUGAUUUGGAGUUUGGACAAGCUUUAGAGCUAUUGUACCCUAGUAAUGUUUUAUUGUCAGAAGAAGAUAAAACAAAUUUGUGUUAUCUUGCUUUCCCAGAUUCAAAUUCAGGUUGUAUGGGAGAUACACAGUUUCACAUUAAAAUCAAAUGUUCACAGUCUCAAACCCUCAGUCAAUGUCAUAUCAAUUACAAUAGUAAAUGUCCAGUUUUUCUUCAAGCUGAUAACCGUUGCUUAUAUGGAUUUGUAUUUUUCCGACAAAUCAAAGAUUUGUCUCUUCCAAGAGGUUACUUCCAAAAAAGUGUUAUUGUACUCUCUCAAUUGCCAUUUAUUAGUCUAUUUUCUGAAGUUUGUGGAACAAUAGCUCCUGAAUAUUUUAAGCAUGGUUUAACAGGUAUAGAAGUUGCUUGGCAUGAUGUUCAGCAAUGGCCAGCAUUGUAUGCUGGAGAAACUGUUAGUUUGCCAUUACUAGGAAUAGUUUUACAGGCUCAAUUAGUGUGUGAUAAUAAUAAGAUACGCAAUACAUCAAAUUCAAUGGUCCCUGAUUACCAACUACCAGUUGUUGUUUCAUCUCUUUAUGAGUUAAACACAUUUGAUUGUUUUUCAUCAAUUGUUAGUCAACUUCAUCUUUUGUGGGAACUUGUGUUGACUUCUGAACCAAUUGUUGUUAUGGCUUCAUCUCCAACUUAUUGUUCUCAAAUAGUUCAAGCAUUAGUUAGCCUAAUAGUACCUUUGGCUUACUAUGGAGAUUAUAGACCAUAUUUUACGAUACAUGAUAAUGAGUUUAAGGAGUAUAUGAGUAAAACAUUAAAUCCACCACCAAUAAUACUUGGUGUUACAAAUCCAUAUUUUUCAAAAACGUUACAGCAUUGGCCACAUAUUGUAAGAGUUGUGGAUUCAUCAAAAAAAGAAUGUUCAUCAAAAAAUAAAUUAAUAAAAGGAUCCAGUUUAAAAAUCUUAGAUUCUAAGCCAGGAGUUUAUACACAGUACAAAUCAUUCCUUCAAAAAGAUAAGUCUAUUGUAAAAAAACUUGUAAGAGGAAUGCAAAACAAAAGACCAGAAGAAGUUCAAUCAGCUUUGCUUAGACGGCAUUUCUUAGAGUUAACUCAAAGUUUUAUGAUACCUCUUGAACGAUAUUUAACUUCAUUAAUGCCUUUGCAAAGAAAUGUCUCACCUUUUAAGGCUGCACCAAAACCUUGCCCAUUCAACCCUGAUGAAUUUUUAGCAAGUUUGGGAAAUUUAGGACCUCAACUUACCUGUGGUAUUAAAGGAGAUUGGAAAGGUCUUUACAAACAAUUCUUUCGAUCUCCUAAUUUUAAUGGUUGGUAUAAUGUUCGGUAUAAUGGAAUGAUGAUGAAACUCCAAGUAUUACAAAUUGAGGCUCUUUCUAGUGUGGAUAUAAAUAAAUGGAUGGAGGGAAAAGAAGAGGUGGAAGUUGUUGAUAUGAUAUUGAAAAUACGUGAAAAAUUAGAAGAAUGUGAAAAUAAAGGAUAUCCAUUGAAUAAGAAAAUAAAAGAUCAAUUAAAAGUGAAAAUGGAUGACAUCAUAAGUUCAUUACCUGAAGAUUUAAAAAAUGUUUUAUCCAAUAAGAAUCCAAUUCUUAGAUGAUACAUCACUAAUUAUUGUAAAAGGCUGUUAAUUGUGAAUAUUUUAGGGUUAUAUAUUUUUUAUAUGAAUAUUUUAUCAAAUUUGAGUUUUAAUUGUUGACAUUUUUUUUUAUAAGUGUUUACAUAAUUCAAUUUUUUAUGAAUAAUUAUUCUAGUACAAUUGUAUUUUAAGUUAUUUAAUGUGAUUUAAUAUUAGACAACUAAAAUGUAUGUAUACAAAUAAUGCAUUAGAUACCUAUGGUCUAAGCAAUAAUAUAAUAAUGUCAGACAAAAGUAAUUUCGGGUACACAGAAUUAUUUUUGGUACGUUAUCUAUGUAUACUAUCAUGACUACUGUUGAAAUAAUUUUAUUCUUCUACUUGUAUAUAGUCUAUGUUUUAGUUUUAUAUUAAAGUAUAUUUUUAUUAGGUUAGCGUAGUCCAACUGUAUAUAUAUAUAUAUAAUUAGUAUUAUUUAAUUAGAGUCAUCUCAAAAGUCCACUAAUAUAAAAAUCAAUAUUUAAUGAAAUACAAAUUAUUUAAAUUGC